AUGACCGGCUCGGUCUUUUUUGGAACCAGUUCAACGCUAGAAAAGCGUUUCGGCUACGACUCGAAACUCACCGGGCUGAUCAUGGUGAUGGACAACUUUGCCGAGAUUUUGCUCAAUCCCUUUGUGGCCUACCUGGCGGUCCGCUUCAACCGCGCGCGGCUGAUCGCCAGCGGCGAACUGAUGCUCGCCCUUUCCUGCUUUGUCACCGCUGCGCCGUACUUUAUUUACGGCCCCGGUACGCACCUGUUGGCAAAGAAGGUCGGUUCUCAGGCGGCGACCAAUCUGCAGUUCUGCUCCGAGACAGACGUCCACUCGGCGGAGUGCAACAGCAGUGCACUGGAGAGCAGCGCUACCGUUUGGCCAGCAGUUAUUUGCCUCGUUUUCGGCAGCUUCAUGCGAGGUCUCGGCUACACGUGCUACAUUGUCGUAGGGCUGCCCUAUUUAGAUGAUAAUGCACAAAAGAAGAGCACGCCAAUGUACAUUAGUACACUGUCCUCUCUCCGACUGAUUGGCCCAGCAGCUGGCUUUAUGUUAGCCUCCUUCUCGUUGAGUUUUUACGAGAAUCCUUUCAUGGACCCUGGCAUCGCCCACAACGACCCUCGCUUCAUUGGCGCCUGGUGGAUCAGCUUCGUCAUUGUGGGCAGCUGUCUGCUGGUAGUCACACUGCCGCUCUUUCUCUUUCCUCCUCAGCUGAAAGGUGCACCGGUGAAAAUGAAGGAAACAAAGCAGAAGAUCAAGGAGGGAGGAGGAAGCACCGGCGCCUUCAAGCGGAUCAUCACCAACCCCCUGGUCAUGUGCUGCCUCUUCGCCAACUCCUUCCGCAUCUUCGGCCUCUGGGGCUACAUCUACUUCAAGUCGAAGUACCUGGAGACGCAAUUCCGCGUCUCCAGCAGCAAGGCCUCCUUCAUAACCGGCGCCGUCGGUUUUGUUCCUCAGGCAAUUGGCAUCUUCGCCGGCGGCGCCGUGCUGAGCACUCUAAAACCUCGACCUCGAAUCGUCUUCCUCCUCGUCUUUCUCUGCGAGUCGGCGAUGAUCGUCAGCUUCGCCGGCGGCUUCUUCUUCGGCUGUGACCCGGUGAAGAUUGACGGACACCCGAAUCCGCUGACGGGAAAGUUUGAGCUGCUGGCGCCGGCGGGCAUCACUGCUGGAAGCUGCAAUUCAGAUUGUCACUGUGCGGCGAACAUCUUUGCACCGGUUUGCAAUCUCGCCAGUAAGGUCACCUACUUCAGUCCCUGUCAUGCGGGCUGUAAAGGUUUUGAAGGAUUUAAUAAGACCUUCAACGACUGCUCCUGCCUAGAAAAGGGUGAAUCAAUCAAGGUGGGCUACUGUCCUGAGGACGUGGAAGGCUGCCAGACAAUGCUGCCCUAUGUGCUGCUGUUGGCCGUUGGGGGCGUCAUUGCGAGCACCGCCCGAACGCCCAAUGCGCUCAUUUCAUUGAGAAAUGUAGAGCCACAUGAUAAGGCCUUUGCCAUUGGCUUUGCCGCCGCGGCGAUUGAUCUUUUUGCCUUUAUUCCCGCCUCUAUCGUCUUUGGCCUUAUCAUAGACAACACCUGUCUAAUUUGGGAGGAAAAGUGCGGCCGCCAGGGCAACUGCUGGGUCUAUGAUCAGGCGAAGUUUCGAAACUACCUUCACGGUGCCUCAAUCUUCUGCUUUAUCACCGCUAGCUGCUUUGACUUUGCAGCCAUCUUUAUGGCGCAUCGAGUGAAGAACUUCUACGAGGAUGAUGAGGAGCCGAUGAUUGAGGAUGAAGGCCUUAGAAUUAACAACAAAGGCAGCCCAAUUAAUGAGUAUGAAAAUGAAGAGAUCGCCGACAGA